UGCCCAGGGCUGCACCCCCGGCACAUGCGAUCCCUCCCCACACAGCAGAGAUGCUCGCGGUGAGAUGAGGUGGUGAUGCGCAGUGGCGGGACGGGAGGCGGGGUGGGGGUUGGGGGGGGGGGGAUCCGCACACUGUCUCGCGCCUCCUCCCGUUAACCUCCCUCCUCCGCCCCCUGCUCCUCCCGCCGCUCCCCGGGGUACGGGUGCGGGAUGGACCCCGCCGUGCUCAUCUUCCUGCUCUACGUGAUGAUCGCCCACGAGCUCGUGUGCGGCUGGAUGGAGCGCCGCCGGCACGCGACCAAACCGCGGACCCCCGGCGGCGGCCCGACGUGGAGCUCCAGCAACAUCCAUUCGUACCAAAGGUCCUCAAGGGUCACCUUCCACCCUGUGAGGAGUGACAGGGGUCAGGACUGGAGGAAGAGGGCCAGAAUUGUCCGGAAGGCCUGACAAAGACGGACGGACGGACAGAAAUACGCUGGGAAUUACUGACAUGCUCCUGUCCAAAGUGAUUGAAAAUGUCUUAUUGUCCAUGUAAUGUGCUCUUCAGCGGUCUUCAUAUAAACGUCCGGAACGUUCUGCGUCACGCUCUCGGGCCUCGUCCAGCUCGCACCUGGGGGAUUCGUGCCCGCCGUCCCCUGGCGUCCGUCCCGGACCGGCGUGCUGCCUCUGCCCCCGACGGCUUCUUUUGCACAUGUAGGCGGUUUCCGCUCCCCGGGUGCGACACGCCAGAGAGGAAACAUGGGACGCUCUGCUGGACAGGAACAUCGGAGCUCUGUCUUUAAUUGUGUGUUCCCCUGUCUGAGCUGGUCUCCUGUUUACCCCAUCGAUCGUUUCACAGCGUCAUCUCUCCAGAGAACAGGCCUGCUGUGUCACAACCUAUGCCUCCAAGCAUUUAAAAACCACGGCCGGGUGUCGAUCAGCGAGGAGCGGAGACCGGUUUCACGGAGGAUCCUCGCUCGCUUUGUCCAACUCCUGUGCACCAUGCCUUCCUUGUCGGUCACCCGGCGACACCACUACCUGGCGCUGUCCCAGGGAGACUCGGUCCAAGUGACAUACGUGUGGAUCGAUGGCACCGGGGAAUCGCUGCGCUGCAAGACGCGGACGCUUGAGCAGGAGCCAAAGGACCUGGAAGAUGUUCCGGAGUGGAACUUUGACGGCUCCAGCACAUACCAGGCGGAGGGCUGCGACAGCGACGUGUGCCUGCUCCCUGUGCGUAUGUUCCGUGACCCCUUCACCUGCGACCCCAACAAGCUGGUGCUGUGCGAGGUGCUCCACUACAACCGCAAGCCUGCAGAGAGCAACCGACGCGCCUCCUGCCGUAAGGUGAUGGAGGACGUGCGGGACCUGAAGCUCUGGUUUGGGAUGGAACAGGAGUACACCCUGCUUGGGUUCGACGGACAUCCCUACAGCUGGCCACAGAACGGCUUCCCAAGACGACAGGGUCCAUACUACUGCAGCGUUGGCGCGGACAGGGCCUUCGGCAGGGACAUCGCAGACUGCCACUACAGGGCCUGCCUGUACGCUGGUAUCAAAAUUGCCGGCACCAAUGCGGAGGUCAUGCCCUCCCAGUGGGAAUUCCAGGUGGGACCCUGCGAGGGUCUCGAGUUGGCUGACCAGCUGUGGAUGGCCCGAUUCCUCCUCCACCGCGUGUGCGAGGACUUCGGGGUGCUGGUCACCCUGGACCCUAAGCCUAUGACGGGGGACUGGAAUGGGGCGGGCUGCCACACCAACGUGAGCACAGAGGCCACCCGGGCUGAGGGGGGGCUGCGGCACAUCGAGGAGGCCGUGGAGAAGCUGAGGAGGCGCCACGUCCGGCACAUCGGCGUAUACGACCCCCACGGUGGCCAAGACAACGUACGUCGCCUCACGGGUCUUCACGAGACCUCCAGCAUCCAUGAUUUCACCGCCGUCGUGGCCCAUCGCGGUGCCAGCAUCCGCAUCCCACGACAUGUGAACCAGGAGGGACGGGGCUACUUUGAGGACCGCCGACCUGCAGCAAACUGCGACCCGUAUGCCGUGAGCGAGGCCAUCGCACGCACCUGCUUCCUGGAAGGCGACACCGGGGAGGAGAAGAGCACCUGAAAGUGAAGAAGAAGGAUCCUUCACUACAGGGCAAUGGUGUGCAACCGCAGCAGUGAGUGUGUGUGUUUGUGUGCAUUCAAGCUUUUAUGCCAACUACAUUUCUUAAUGUCCUCGAUCAGAUCCUUAAUUUUGAUAAAUCUGGCAAUUUAAAGAUGCAUAGAUACAUCUGAAGCUUGCAGUUACUUUGCUAUGUAUUGCGUAGGAACUAUAUAAGUGUCCUUGUAUUAAUAAUUCGGAUUAUUUACUAAUUAUUCUUAAGUAGAGUUUUAUUCUAAAACAUCAUCCAGCAGCUGAGUCCGAUACCGUGGGGCAGCACCUGAAAUCCGUUCUAAAAUCAUGUGCCAGUAUGUCCAUUAAUAAUUCUACAUACAAAACAAAUCAGGGAAGAAAGAGUUUUGCGUUUGAUUAUAAUUUUGACCAACUUUAACUGGCAACCAUGUUGACCUCUGGUUUUGUGGGUGGCUUCCUGCUGCAUGGCGUUUGCUUCAGCACGUGCCGUUUGAGUGGCUGAUACAAAUGACAGAGGACGUUGAAUCGGUCGAGAACGAAACCUGCGGUCUCCCACGGGUGAGCGGAAUGAAGAAGCGGAGAGGCUGCGAGCUGAGGCCUCAACCUGACACCUUCCAUCUGCUCACGCAAGCCACACAGUGAGAGAAAGCACCACUAGAUGGAAGCAUACACUUCAGUUGCGCAGAACCGACAGCUGGUAACCAUGGAAAUUUCAUUUUUAAUACCAGCCCAGUUUUCUCUACAUUUACUGUGUUUUCCACUCAGGCACACCCCCUCCAGCAGAGCUCCGAACCUAAUAAAGUCAGAUUUUUAUACAAACACAAAUGCUGGACUCCAAAUGCAUAAAUGGGGUCUUCAAAAAAAUAAUAUCCCUAAAGUUGGUGAGUUUGGUUAUCACAAUGAGCUGCAAAGGAGACAAAAGAUUACCAGUGCAACAGAGGGUCACAGGACUCCGAUAUUAACAGAUUUCAUGAUAUUCAGCAACAUCAAAGGGAAUAAAAUGCACUUUGAAUUAAAGCCUGAUAAAGUCCUUUGUCUUGUACAAAGUGAGAUUUCAGACUGCGUGAAAUAAUAAGGCUGAA